UUUCCAGUACGGUGUGAGCAGGUGGUGGAGAAUAAUGGAGAAGAAAGUGAGCAGAAUCUGUCCUGUUUCAGACCCAAGCACAACAUAUUUUCUGCAGAUAACUUGGGAAAAAGAUCUAGGAGUUGGCUUUGAUGUCAUUCUCACUGAUGGUCAGCUGGCUUGGGCCGGGAGAGUGACUGAAGAUGAAAUAUCUAAGGAGGCUGCUGACAUGGAAAUGGAACGAGAGAAGUACAUUGAAGAACUACAAAAAGUGCUGUUGUUCAGAGGACAGACAGACAAAUACAAUUUUGAUAUUUCGAAAGGAGAAGCCAGUGGAGAGUGCCUUAAUUUUUCCUAUGAAAAGAAUCUGAAAGAUGUUUCUUUUAGACUUGGAUCGAUGGAUUUACAAGCAGUCUCAAGCCCAGCUGAAACCAUUAGAGAGAUGAUUAGCUAUUGCCUACACAGCAUAAUGGGACUGCAGACCAAAAACGAAGACUUACGAAAAGAGAAUGAAAGACUUUUAAGUGAUGUGGAUGACCUGCAGGGGCAGUUACUAAAAUGUGUAGAAGCUAAAGAAGAGCUAGAAACUGAGCUUUAUAAGCGUUUUAUCCUGGUCCUCAAUGAGAAGAAAGCAAAGAUAAGAAGUUUACAACAGUGUUUGAAAGAAGCUAAAGAAGCUACAGAGGGCCCCACACUAAAAAGGGACGUUGUGGCUACAUCUGAAAGAAAAGCUGAAGGAGAAGAUUAUGAAGGAAGCACUGAUGAGGAAAGUGAAAACUGUACGCUGCCUUCCAUAUUAGUACCUGCUAAACCCAGAAGAGACUCUCUACUUAAUAGUUCAGAUAUUACUGAUAUUGCACCAAGCAGAAAGAGAAGACAACGGACCCAAGAAUCUGCAUGUGUGGAACCAAAGAUGGCAUCAUAUAAGGAUCGAAUUUCAGCAAAGGAAAGACCAGAUUCUGCUCCAUCAAAAUCAUCAGACAAAUGCUUUUCAUCAAAAGAGAAGCCUUUGGAAACAGAAAAAUCAUCCAGCGAUCCAGAAGAUCUAUUUGAUGAUAUCUAACUAAACCAGGGGAAGACUUUGACUUCACUACGUAUUAAAACUCUUAAAUUUUAAUUAAUCAUCUGUCUGUCCCAAAGACAACAUUUUACAAAAGGGACAGGAUGGGUUUAUUGGUACUUUUUUCUUUUUUGAAUAAAGUUUUUGUGUG